AUGAAGAGGGAGAUAGAAGUGAUCGAGCGCGUUCGGUCAAGGAUAUCAGAGGAAGGUCGCUUUCACAAGGCUCUGCUAGAUUACAAGAACUUGUACAAUGCAUGUCUAAUCAGCGAGCUUGAGUACUCCGAAGGAAGGAGGAGGAAGAAGAAAAAGAGAGGCAAAUGGGGAGGGAGAGAGAUGACGGACGCGACGAGGAGGCGGCUUCAGUCGUGGGCCCCUCAGAAGAAGACUGGUUCCUCGCGGCCAAAGACGAAGACGCCGCGCCAGGCCGAGGGUGCAUCGGCACAAGAGGGUACGCCAGCCGAUCGGCUGCGGGAGGAAAAGGGUGGCUGA